UUCGGCAUCAGAUCGGUACUUGUAACUCCAAGCCCGGCCUGGACAGGGUUUAAACCAGCGACGAUGGCACCGGGGACUGGCCCGACGGGAGCUGGGGCAGUGCGGGAGCAUCCCCACCUCCUUGGCCCGCGCCGAUGGCUGAGGGGCCUCCACCCCUUAGCCCCGGGGCGCAGCCCCAGAAAUGACCCCCUGGGAUGGUUUCUGGCCAUUAAUCACCCUAUUUCAGUGCCAACACCUUUGAGCUCACAGGAAGCCGUUGGUCGGGCAGAAAGGGGAAGGAAGGCAAUGCAAGAGGGGCAGCAGCGGUGGGAGGUUCGGUGGGCAGAAGGAGGAAUGGAGCCGAGAGGCGUCGGGACGGGGUGGCUCUGCGUCGCAGUGCUCUGCUCUGGAGCUGCUCUCGUCCUCAAAGAAAAGGAGCCAGGGCACCAAAGCACCACGCAGCGUGAUGAUGUCCUGGAGCCAAGGGGAGACCCUGCCACAACCACCGAGAGCGUGGACAAGCUGACGACGUGGCCAACGGCCACCCCAACCCCAACGUGGACCGGGGGCCCCGGCACCACCCCCGUGCUGACACGAGCAGGCGCCGCGGGGAACAAAACCCAAAAUGCGGCGGCUGUUCCCGUCAGGUACUGGUCGCCAGUUAUUUUUGUGGUGGUUGCUCUGCUCGUGCUCUUCUUCACAUACCGGAGGACCAAGGGGGAAGGGACCCGGGACCGAGCCGCCUCGGCCAGUGACUCUUCAGAUUUAGGAGCCCUGGUCCACCUCCCCACCCACGACACCGCUCCGAUAAUCCCCGCGCCCCAGGGGCAGAGGAAGGGGUCGGCGAACCCCCCAACCUUGGAGCACACCGAAACCAUCAUCUGCGAGCCGGACCCCCCGCCUCCCCAGCCUGAUACCCCCACAACCGCCGCUGGUCCCCGCUGCUCCGCGGAGCCCGGUGCUGAGUGAGGGUUCCCGGGGGGACCCCAGACGCUUCCAGACCCCCCCAGGGAGCACGUAGGCCACCCCCGAGGGCCAGAAAUGGGACGAUGCUCCCGGCUGGGGAACGCGAGCAGCGCGUGUCACCUCGGCCCUUCCUCUGGCUGCUCGAGCGGGCACCCAAACCCCAGCGGGAAUGGGGACCCCCGUGGGACAGGGACCCCCGUGGGAUGCGGCCGUGCGUGGGCUGUUAGUGCUGUGCCCCAGGUGUAAGGACUGGGGGAGGAGGGGGGGUGGGGGGGGUCAAGGCACCUGCGCUGGGCACAACCAAGCCAAUAAAACAGGAUUGCACCCCAAAACUGCCAGACUUUCUCUGGGGGGGGGGGACCGGCAGCCUCCCCUACGCCCGGCCCAGCCGUCACUUUCCAACCCCCCCGUCCCCCUCCCCGUGUCGUGGA